CUAAACAACACAAAAUUCAAAAUACCCAACAAUACAAGAGCUUAGAGGCUUAGAGCUCUUAAUGAAGUAUAAAACCAUCAGUCAAAUACGAUGAAACUAGACCCAAAUGUGUUGAACUAUGAGAUUAAUAACACACAAGAUGAUCUGAUACCAAAGAAGAGAGCCUGGGGAUUGAGAAGAAGAAGAAGAACUAUGCUGCCAUUUGUUUUUAUUUCAAGUCAUGCAUGACUUCACUAACAAGCAGAAGGGCAAAAACAGUUUUGAGACAUAAAGACAGUAAAAAAAAAGAAUCUUACAAAUACAGCAAACAUCACAUUUUAUAUUACUAGGAAAAAUAAUAAUCUUUCACGUAGGCUGUAUUUAAGACGUGAUUCCUGUGGUUAAUUCAUAUAGGAAAAUGCCUUUAGUCAUCAUCUUCCUUGUCAUUCUCAUGCUCUUGUUUUUCUUCCUAAAACAUAAAUCCAGAAGUGAGAAUGUUCGUCUCCCACCUGGCCCUAAAGGCCUUCCCUUAAUAGGUAACCUACACCAGCUUGAUAACUCAAACCUUCCAUUCUACCUGUGGCAACUCUCGAACCAACAUGGCCCUCUUGUUUUCUUGAGAUUAGGUCUUAAGCCAACCCUUGUAGUCUCAUCUGCCAAAAUGGCUAAAGAGACACUAAAAACUCAUGAUCUUGAAUUUUCUAGUAGGCCUGCAUUGCGAAGCCUGCAAAUCUUGUCCUAUAAUGGCCAAGAUAUCGGUUUUUCUCCGUACAAUGCUUAUUGGAGGGAGAUGAGAAAGAUCUGCGUCAUUCAUCUUUUCAGCAAUACUCGAGUGCAAACUUUUCGUCCUAUAAGAGAAUAUGAGGUUUCUCUUAUGGUUAGAAAAAUAUCCAAAUUGGCCAAUGCUUCUAAGCCUUGUAAUUUGAAUGAAGCGCUGAUGUUUCUUACGAGCACCAUAAUCUGUAGAACAGCUUUUGGUAAGAGAUACGAGGAUGAGGCAGCUGAGAGAACGAGAUUUGAAAGUCUGCUUAACGAAACUGAAGAGUUAUUGGCAGGUUCUUUUCUCUCUGACUAUUUGCCUUGUAUGAGCUGGUUUGAUAGACUCACAGGAAUGCUACCCCGCUUAGAGAAAACUUUUGUUGAACUGGAUUACUUCUACGAUGAACUAAUCAAGGAACACCUCGAUCCAAAGAGACCGGAGCCUGAGCGUGAGGACAUUCUUGACAUUCUACUUCAACUAUGGAAGGAUAGUUCAUCCAAAUCCAAUCUCACCAUGGAUCACAUUAAAGGAGUUCUCAUGAAUGUGUUUGUUGCUGGAACCAGCACAAGUGCAGCCACUGUGGUAUGGGCCAUGGUCUUCCUAAUGAAGAAUCCUACGAUUAUGAAGAAAACACAAAAAGAAAUCAGAAAUUUAAUAGGAAGAAAAGGUCUUGUAAAUGAAGAUGAUGUUCAAAGACUACCAUAUCUUAAAGCAGUGGUCAAAGAGACUAUGAGAUUUCGGGCUGUAAAUCCACUAUUGAUCCCUAAAGAAACUACUCAGAAGUGUUACAUAAAUGGGUAUGUAAUACCAGCCAAAACCUUGGUUUUUGUGAAUGCAUGGGCAAUUGGAAGGGACCCUGAGGCAUGGGAAAAUCCAGAGGAAUUCUACCCUGAAAGAUUUAUUGACAAUCCAAUCGACUUUAAAGGACAAGAUUUUCGGUUAGUACCAUUUGGAGCCGGCAGAAGAACUUGUCCAGGUUUACAUAUGGGGAUUGCUACUGUGGAGCUUUCACUUGCUAAUCUUCUUUACAAUUUUGAUUGGGAAAUGCCAACUGGGAUGAAGGAAGAAGACAUAGACACUGAGGCACUUAAUGGCAUUACGGUUCACAAGAAAAAUGCUCUGUGUCUUAUGGCCACCAACUUUAUAUAUGAUGUCUAACACAAGUUGCCUUAGCUUACUUGGGUUGGUUACACACUUACACUACGUGUUGUUGCUUAGUCUUGUAAUAAGACGAUGUACAAUGUACACGCCCAAGUGUCAUUGUUAAUUAAACAAGUUAAAGCAGUUACAACACAAAUCUACACUCCAUUGAGGACUUUUGUCAAACACAUGGCGCAUGUCACUUGAAACAAACAGAACUCUAGCACCAUAUCAAUAUAUAUGCUACCCCAAAGCAUCCAAUGAUCUAAUAACCACAAUUAUCGAUUGCAGAUUCACAACAGGUGGCUACAAGCAAUUGAACACUGACCUG